AUGCCACCGACGGUGAUACGAAUGCCGACCAGUACCGGCCGUGGUGGUCACCUAAAUGAGCCACAGAACCGCGGUUUCCGAAUCGGAUGCUGUCGAGUUUGCACGUGCCUUAAUUUGGGGUUUUUCGUGUCGAAAAACGGCAUCCUAAAGGUGUUCGAGCUGGUGCUCGGGUGGUUCUGUCAGACCAUGCUGGUGCAGUUUGGUAUGGACUCGGCGAAGGAUAUCGGUGAGGCGUUCUGGGGCUUUUUGACGACCUGCUCGGCGUUCCUGCUAACGACUACUAUACUGCUGUUGUGCUACAGUAUCUCUUCCCGGACGUUUCACUUGGUGCGGCAGUCGAUCUUUGAAGUGGUCUACAAUGGGUUGGCUUGCGCGAUGUACCUUAGCGCGUCCUCGUACCUCGGUUUCGCGGUUAACGUGUUCCUGUACCCAAAGUUCCUGCUUUUCAAGACGACAGGCGGCAUACACAGCGCCUACCCAGCUAUGACGGCCGUCUACUACAUGGGUGGUAUCGUGGGGUUGGUUUACGGAGUCGACGCUUUCGUGGCUUAUCGGCAUCUGAAAGGAUUCGCCUAA